AUGAAAUUAUUUUUAAAUAUUCAAUAGGAUGUUUCUAGAUAUGCUGAUAUUUCUCAUAUAUACGAUACAGUCUAAAAAAAAGGAUAUUUGAAUUAAAUUGUGAAAGUAUUUGAACAUACCUUUACUGCUGAAAUCAAUUUUGCUUAAUAAAGAUUAAAAGAAGUUAUAAAUGUAAUGGAGAAGUAGGGCUAGAAGAUAGAAUUCAAUGUGUAGUUAAAUAGAAAUCUGACAAUAUUCAAAUAAAACUUUGACUUGAUUGUUACAACCACAAUAAAUUAAAUUUGGAAUAGACUCAUCAAUGAACUCGGUUUUUCUAAUUAUGAAUAAUAAUUGUAAACAUCCAAUAUUGAAUUAUUACAAUCAGCUAAGAAGAUAUAAGAUAUGACUAAACAAUCUGUUUCAGAAUUUUAAAAAUUCGCAUCAAAUCAAUCAAUUUUCAGCAGAUCCCCUAGUAAAAUGUCUUCUAAGAUGAUACCAUUUAGUGAAAUGUCUUUUUAGUCAAUUGGCUCUCCUACUACUUUUGCAAAAGCCUAACGACAAUUAGAUAAUAGUUUGACUACAAGUUCCCCAGGGGUUGGGAAAUACUAAGUAGAUCAAAGCGAAAAAUUAAUUAGAGAGACCUCCCCAAAUGCCACCAUUGGAAGAGCUGCUAAAAUAAGUUGGAUAGAUGAAAAAUUAAAGAAGGAAGACUCUUAAUCCCCUGGCCCUAUAUAUAAUCCUGUAAAAACAUUUUGCUCUAAAAAGAUAUAAUGA